AUGGCGGUGAGGCCGGCGCUGGGCAGCUGGCCGCUGGUGCCGGCGCUGGUGGUGCUGGCGUUGGUGGUGGUGACCCCAGCAGGAGCAGCGGCGCCCCGGCGGGCGGCGGUGCUGCCCGAGGCGGUGGGCAGCGGGGACGGCGAGGAGGUGUCCGCCACACCGCCCGGCCGCCGCCUGACGCCGGAGAGCAGCCCCACCGUGGGGACGGCCGCGGGGACCGCCGUCACCAACAGCUCGGCGCCGGGGGGCCUGCUGGAAGGGCUGGCGGACUUCUUCAAGGAGUACAUGCUGCUGGCGGUGGUGGUGGGCUCGCUGGCCUUCGUCCUCCUCUUCAUCAUCUGCGCCGCCGUCAUCGUGCGGCAGAAGCACAAAGCCUCCGCCUACUACCCGUCCUCCUUCCCCAAGAAGAAGUACGUGGAUCAGCGGGACAAGGUGGGGGGGCCUCGGGAUUUCACUGAGGUGCCCGAGAAAGCCCCCGACCCCGGCGCUGAGGAGCCCCUCGACAGCAACCAGCAGCUGCAAGCAGACAUCCUCGCCGCCGCCCAGAACCUCAAAUCCCCGCCCAAGGCAUCGCUGGCCAACGGGCCCCAGGGGGAACAGAAACCCCCCAGAGAGGAGGAGGAGGAAGGAAGCAAGAGGCAGGGUGAUGAGCAACCUGCUGCUGAGCCCCCUCCCCAAAAUCCGGGCGCUGAGGAAGCAGCGAGUGAAACCGGAGCGGGGGGGAAAGGGGACACUGCUGUGCCCCAGGAUGGUCCUGUGGCUCCCCCUGGCAUAUAG